AUGGUACCUUCGCUUUUGCUAGUGGCGCCGCUACUAUUUGCGCUCCAGGCGGCGGCACGACGUGCGCGCUCCCCGACGCCGCCUAUGGGCUGGAACUCGUAUAAUACGUGGAACUGCCUUCCAACUGAAGAAAAAAUCCAUCAAAGCGCGCGGGGACUCGUGGACCUGGGAUUCGCGGAUGUUGGGUACAGCUUUGUCACUGUGGAUUGUGGGUGGAAUACUCAUGAGCGGGAUGCUGAGGGGAGACUGCAAUGGAACGAGACGCUGUUCCCCUCUGGAGGCAAGGCACUUGGAGACUUUUUGCAUGGGCUUGGGCUGGAAUUUGGACUUUAUUCCGGCGCGGGCUACCUGCAGUGUGGAGAUGAGUCGCUGCCUGCGAGUCUGGGGUUUGAGCAGCUGGAUGCACAGACUUUUGCUGAAUGGGGCGGCGACAGUUUGAAGUACGACAACUGCUAUUCUACGUCCAACACGACCAUGGUGGACUCGAGCUCUGCCGAGGCUCAGUCGCCCGCUCGUUUCCAAGACAUGGCUGAUGGGCUGGAUGCUGUCGACCGCGACAUCCAGUAUUUCGUUUGCCAAUGGGGUAUCGGGACUGACGUUGGAGAAUGGGCUGCUGGUGUCGGCAACACUUGGAGAAUCAGCAAUGAUAUUUACAGAGCCUGGCGCAGCAUCUGGCGCAUUACAAACCAGAUCGUUCCGUACUUUCGCCAUACCACUGUCGGUGCUUUUGCCGACAUGGACAUGCUCAUUGUCGGUCUGCACGCGCUAUCCGAAGAAGAAGAGCGCUUUCACUUUGGCAUGUGGGCCAUCAACAAAUCGCCUCUCAUCAUGGGCGCAGCACUUGACCCGCAGCGUCUCAGCAAAUCCUCAAUCGACAUCAUGACCAACAAAGAAGUCAUUGCAAUCAACCAAGACCCGCUGGCCAAGCAAGCAAAGCUCAUGCAGCGCGACACAGAGGGCGAAUGGGACAUCUGGGCCGGCGAGCUCUCCGGCGCAAAGCAAGUCGUCGGCAUUGCAAACUGGAGAAAUGACUCGCAGAGCGUCCAGGUGGAUAUGAAAGCCCUAGGCAUUGCAUCUGCGCACGCCCGCGACGUAUGGGCCGCAAAAGACCUAGGCACUGUCUCCGGCACCCAGAAUGUCACCCUAGCAGGCCACGAGCUGCGUCUCUGGGUCCUCUCAAACAUCACUUCCACUGCGCCUCUCCCAGAUACCCCCUACCACGCCGCAGCCGCCGCCUCGCUCUCCGGCCAAGCAACCGCCAUCACCUGCUCCCCGGGUACGUGUCUGCCCGCCGGCUCCAAAGUCGGGUAUAUAACCCGCGGCGCGGGCGUAACCUUCCACAACAUCAGUUCCACCACCACAGGCAAAAAACGGCUUAGCAUCGAUUUGAUCAACUACGAAUACGCGUUUUCAACAUCUUGGGGCUGGGGCGAUAACACGCGCAACAUGACUGUUGCUGUGAACGGCGGGAAAGCAAAGAGAUGGGCUGUUCCGCUUUCUGGCGGCGACUGGGAAGAGAGUUUGAGUUUGGGGAUUGAGGUUGAUGGGUUUGAGAAGGGAGAUGCGAAUUCAGUUGAAGUCAGGGGGUAUGGCGAUGGGUUUGCGCCUGAUGUCGUCGGGCUGAGGGUGCUGGAGUACUAG